AGCUGUGUUAACACGCAAGUUGAGGUAGGAUGUUAUUGUCGGUGCUUAAUUACCUAAAUUCGAAAAGGUUUGUUCAGAAGGAAUACGCUCAGAUAUGGCUGAAGUCAUCAUGGAUGCACAGAUGGUAGCUGUUCUAUUCGAAGAGGAUGACGUAGCAUAUGAGGAGGAAUUGUUAAGAAACCCGUAUUCCGUUCGUCAUUGGCUACGCUAUGCAGAAUUUAAGCGACAACGCACUUCCAAAGGAAAUCGGGAUGCCGUUAACUUGGUAUAUGAACGAGCCUUGAAAGUACUACCGGGCUCAUACAAAAUAUGGCACCAGUAUCUCACGCUUCGUGUCAAAGCUCUCGAAGAGAUGAAACUUUACCCCAGUGACUCAGCCUUUGAAGAUGUGAGCAAUGUUUUCGAGCGGGCUCUUGUUUGGAUGCACAAAAUGCCUCGCAUAUGGCUGAUGUAUUGUGAAUUCUUACACCGGCGACGCUUUGUCACACGACUUCGACACACAUUUGAUCGAGCCUUGCGCGCUUUACCGAUAACGCAGCAUGACCGCAUUUGGCCAGAUUACCUAGCGUUUGUUGAGUAUCAUGACAUUCCUGAAACAGGCGUUCGUGUAUAUCGUAGAUUUCUGAAGUUGAGCCCCGAAUCCCGCGAGAAAGCGGUUGAUUACUUCAUCUCGAUUGAGCGACUGGGUGAAGCGGCUCAACUCCUAGUAGACAUGGUGAACGAUCCUGAGUUUACUUCUGCGCGAGGGAAACCGAAACAUCAACUUUGGAUGGAGUUAUGUGAACUCAUAUCUAAAAACCCUGAUCAAAUGGAAGAAAGUAACCUUCGUGUAGACGCCAUAAUCCGAGGUGGCAUCAAAAAAUAUACAGACCAACAAGGUAAGCUAUGGUGCUCUCUAGCAGAUUAUUACAUCAGAUCGAGGCUGUUUGAACGAGCACGCGACGUGUAUGAGGAGGCAAUGGAAAGUGUGUUGACAGUUAGAGAUUUUUCGCAAAUCUUUGAGACGUACUCGCAUUACGAAUACGGCUUGAUAAGGAACAUGCUAGCGCAAGAAAUUCAGACAAAGGAGACCGAUCUGGAAAUUAAUUUGAAAAUGGCAAGGUACGAAUACCUUAUGGAUCGCCGGCCGCUACUGCUGAAUUCGGUGGUGCUUCGACAGAAUCCACAUAACGUCGGUGAAUGGCUUAAACGCGUCAAAUUACUGAGGGAUGAUGUAAAAGAGAUCAUUCGCACAUUCACAAAGGCUGUACAAACAGUUGAUCCAAAACUAGCAUGCGGAGGAAAGCUCUGUCAGAUAUGGAUCGAGUUUGCUAAACUUUACGAAAGUAAAGAUCAGGUAGAUGACGCCCGAAUCAUUUUCCGUAAGGCGACCCAAGUGCCAUACGCUAAAGUCGACGAUCUGGCCAACGUGUGGUGUGAGUAUGCUGAGUUGGAAUUACGACACGACAACAUUGAAGAAGCCAUCAAACUCUGCCGUACUGCCACAACACCCCCGUCACGACAGGUUGCCUAUCACGAUCAAUCGGAAACUGUGCAGCUACGACUUCACAAGAACAUCAAAGUGUGGUCUCUAUACGCCGAUCUAGAAGAAAGCUUUGGUACCCUUCAAACGACGAAGGCAGUCUAUGAUCACAUUAUUGAUCUUCGUAUUGGGACACCACAGAUCAUCCUGAAUUGUGCUCUUUUUCUUGAGGAACACAAUUACUUUGAGGAGGCGUUCCGGGUCUACGAAAAAGGUGUAGCUCUGUUUAAAUGGCCGAACGUUUAUGAUAUAUGGCACACAUAUCUAAGUAAGUUUCUUAAACGUUUUGCUGGAACGAAGCUCGAGCGGGCACGUGACUUGUUUGAACAGUGCCUCGAGCAAUGCCCCUCAAAAUACGCAAAAAAUAUCUAUUUGCUAUAUGCACAGCUAGAGGAGGAACAUGGUCUGGCGCGUCAUGCCAUGUCCAUCUAUGAGAGAGCUGCCGAAGUCGUGCCGGACAACGAGAAAAGAGAAAUGUUUGAGCUGCAGAUUAAGCGCGCUGCUACGCUGUUUGGUUUAACUCAUACGAGGCCAAUCUAUGAAAAGGCGAUUGAAAAUCUGCCAGACGCAGACUCCAUCGUGAUGUGCAUGCAGUUUGCACAAUUGGAGUGCAAACUGGGCGAAGUUGAUCGAGCGCGCGCUAUCUGGAUGCACUGCUCUCAAAUGUGCGACCCACGCACUCAACCUCAAUUUUGGAGUGCCUGGAAAGAAUUCGAAGUCUCGCACGGUAACACCGAUACGGCUCGGGAGAUGCUUCGAAUAAAGCGUAGCGUACAGGCUACAUUUAAUACACAGGUAAGCCUUAAUCUGGCUGUUCCAUACAGUUCGCAGACUACUUCUGCAGUAACAAAUACGAACGAACAUCCGUCAAAAACACAAAUGCAACAGCCCGCAGUCGGCAUUACUGGCAAAGCCCUGACAUUUAUCCGUGCCCAAGAUACGGAACCGGCGUACGAGGAAACACGGGCCGACAACCCCGACGAAAUCGAGCUCCCUUCAGAAGAUGACGAAGAUGGGGAAGAUCCGGAGAGCCUAAGUCAGAACACCAACAAGAAUGCAUCGGCUGAUAGGAGAGAUUGUGGCGAAGAAGAUGACGAUGAAUCCGAUUAUGAGAAGGAUAAAGUUGAAACGAAGCCAGUCCCUCAAGGAGUUUUUGGAAAUUUAAAAAAAAACCAACAUGACGAUAGUGACUAAAUGAAUUGUGUAUAUAUGGAAAU